AUGACAAUUGAGAAAAAGAGACCAAAUUUUCUAAUCAUCGUGGCUGAUGACCUAGGAUUCACUGAUUUAUCACCUUUUGGAGGUGAAAUCAAUACACCCAAUUUACACAAGUUGGCUACUGAAAAUGGAAUCAGGUUAACUGAUUUCCACACAGCUUCAGCUUGUUCCCCUACAAGAUCUAUGUUGUUGAGUGGUACCGAUAACCACAUUGCAGGUUUGGGCCAGAUGGCUGAGUUUGCCUCACGUCAAGGUGACAAGUUUAAGGGUAAACCUGGCUAUGAAGGGUACUUGAAUGAUAGGGUUGUUGCCUUGCCUGAGAUUUUACAAGAUAACGGCUAUCACACGUUCAUUUCGGGCAAGUGGCAUUUGGGUUUGAAGGAACCUUAUUGGCCAAUCAAGAGAGGAUUCAAGAGAUCGUGGACUUUGUUGCCUGGUGCUGGUAAUCAUUACAAGUACAUAACUCGUGACGAGACUGGAGAGCAGGCUCCAUUCUUGCCCAACUAUUAUGUUGCCGAUGACAAAGAGUUGAAUCCAGAGAAGGAUUUACCUGAUGAUUUUUAUUCCACCACAAACUUUACCGAUAAGGCAAUUGAGUUUAUUGAUGAGACACCAGAAGAUGAACCUUUUUUUGGCUUUGUCACUUACACUGCUCCGCAUUGGCCAUACCAGGCCCCACAAGAAAGAAUUGCCAAAUACAAAGGUGUGUACGACUCCGGUCCCGAGGAGUUGCGUAGAAAGAGAUUGGCAAGAGCUUUAAAGUUGGGGAUCAUUGAGAAAGAUAUCAAGCCACACCCAAUUACAACCAUUCGUAAGGAUUGGAAAGACUUGACUGAAGAAGAGAAAGCUGUUGAAACCAAAAUUGUUCAGACAUACGCUGCAAUGGUUGAGAUUUUGGACGAGGAAAUUGGAAGAUUGAUUGACCAUUUGAAGAAGAAAAAUGAGUUGGAUAAUACUUUCAUCUUGUUCAUGUCUGAUAAUGGGGCUGAAGGUAUGAUAAUGGAGGCAUUGCCAUUAACCAAUAAGAGAAUCCAAUCGUUUGUUGAAAAAUAUUACGAUAAUUCUUUUGAAAACAUCGGAAACUACAACUCUUUUACAUUCUACGGAGAUCAAUGGGCACAGGCAGCUACUGCACCUCAUUCGAUGUACAAAGCGUGGUCGACUGAAGGGGCCAUUGUUUGUCCCUUGAUUGUUCAUUACCCGCCAUUGUUGAAGGAUCAACACGGUAAAAUUUUCAAACAAUUUACAACGGUGAUGGAUAUAUUGCCUACUGUGUUGGAUCUUGCUGGUAUAAAACAUCCUGGCUCAACCUACCGAGGAAGAGAUGUUGCAAUUCCACGUGGUAAAUCAUGGGCAAGUUACAUUUCAGGAAAGGCAUCCUUCGUGCAUGAUGAAAAUACUGUAACUGGAUGGGAAUUGUUUGGUCAGCAAGCAAUUAGAAAAGGCCAGUAUAAAGCAUUGUACAUUCCCAAACCAUUUGGUCCUGAAAAAUGGCAAUUGUUCAACAUCAUUGAAGAUCCAGGUGAAACUGAAGAUCUUACUGAGAAGAAGCCCGAAAUUUUGAAAGAAUUGACUGAUCACUGGGCAGUGUAUGCUGCGGAGACAGGGUUAAUAGAGUUGGGACCCGACUUCUUCAAGGUGGAAAAGGGUGCUGGAGAAACGCCAGUUUAUAGAACUAUCGAAGAUAUUUAG